AAGCAACCCAAGCAGGCAAGCAGCCCAGAAGAGCUGGAAGAAGAAUUACUAUAAGCCUAUAAGGCACAGGCUGGAUGGGUGGUCAGUACUCUAAGCAGGUUGAGCGGCGAAAAUCUAUUCACGCCGGGAGGAAGUACUUACAAGAUCUCCAGACCAAAGACGGCAAUGAAUUCCCCGGUUCCGAUUACCAUCCACCUGAUAGGAAAACAUGGAUGACUGAUCUCGACCCGCAUAAAAUUCGGGUCAACCAGAUCAUCUGGCCUGGGACCCACGAUUCUGCCACAAACAAGAUUGGUAUUCCCAUGGUUUCCCGACCCUUCGCGCAGUGCCAAUCUUUGUCAAUCUACCGGCAGCUGGGCGCCGGUGCCAGGGUUCUCGACAUCCGGGUUCAGGAGGACCGGAAAGUGUGCCACGGGAUCCUCACUACCUACGGCGUCGACGUCGUCAUCCGCGACGUCAAGAAAUUUCUCUCGGAAACCCAAUCGGAGAUCGUAAUCCUGGAGAUCCGAACAGAGUUCGGGCACAAUGACCCGUCGGAAUUCGAUAAGUACCUGGAAGAAGAGCUCGGGGAGUAUCUAAUUCACCAGGACGAUCACGUAUUCGGCAAGACGAUCGCAGAGUUGUCCCCGAAGAGAUUGAUAUGCGUUUGGAAGCCCCGGAAAACGUCCCAGCCAAAAGCAGGUGGUCCGCUUUGGAGUUCCGGUUACCUGAAAGAUAACUGGAUCGACACAGACUUGCCGGAGAAGAAAUUCGAGAGCAACAUAAAGCAUUUGAGCGAGCAGCCGGCGGUGGGGUCCCGGAAAUUCUUCUACAGGGUGGAGAACACGGUGACUCCUCAGGCGGACAAUCCGGUGUUGUGCGUUAAACCGGUGACGAACCGGAUUCAUCCGUACGGAAGACUUUUCAUAAAGCGAUGUGUAUCGGAAGGGCAUGCUGAUAAGUUGCAGAUAUUUUCGACGGAUUUCAUUGACGACGAUUUCGUGGACGCAUGUGUUGGGCUUACCAGUGCAAGAGUCCAAGGAAAAGUCUGAUAAUCGGCCGUACAUACUAUACAGUGUAUAUUGGAUGUAUUUGAGUGGAUUGAAAUUUUAUGGUCAUGUGAUCUAUUUAAGUUUAUUUUCGUUUAUGUGUAUUUUAUUAUUAUGCAUUUGAGUUUGGUUUAAUAUGAUUUUGAAAUCAAAAUAAUAAAAUACAAAGAAAAUCUCACUUUUAAUCCGGCAACUUUUGGUUUUGCCGAUUUUAAUCUUGUAAUUUUACAUAGUUGCAGAUUUGGUUGUGCAAAUGUGCAAUCAAUCAAAUAUGCC